AUGGCAUUGCUCUUUCUGCUGUUAUUGUUCGCGGACUGUGUGUCUGGUGCAGGAACAGAUGAGACGAUGUCAGUGAUGGAGGGAGAUUAUGUUACUCUACACACCAAUCUUACUGAAAUACAGAACGACGAUACAAUACUGUGGAUGUUUGGACCUAAGGACUUGGUUAUAUCCCAAAUAACAAGAAAGAACGAUUUUACCUCAUUUUUUGUCACUGAUGAGGCUGAAUUUAGAGGCAGAUUGCAACUAGACCAAAAAACUGGCUCUCUGACCCUCAGAAACACCAGAAUCAGACACUCAGGACAAUAUAAACUCACCAUCUCUAGAGAACAGACUACAACCAAGAUAUUUAGUGUUACUGUCUUUGAGGCCGUUGGUGAGACGGAUGGAGUGAAGUCAGUGUCAGUGACGGAGGGAAAUGCUGUCACUUUACACACUGAUACUGAAAUACACACAGAUGAUCUGAUCCUGUGGAGGUUUGGAGAUAAAGGCAUCCUCCUGGCUAAAAUCGAUGUAGAGACUAAAGAGACCUCAUUAAACGAUGCUGAUGAGAGAUUCAAAGGCAGACUUAAGCUGGAUCAGACUGGAUCUCUGACCAUCAAGAACAGCAGAACUGAACACGCUGGACUUUAUGAAGUACAGAUCAAAGGCCAUGAGAGCUCACAGCGAUUCCUUCUUUUUGUCACGACUGUUUCAGAAUUGACUCUGUCUUCUGGUGAAAUAGCAGCGAUAGUUGCUGCUGUUCUGCUGGUGUUGGCUGCAGUUUUAGCUGUCGUGGUGAUUUACUAUCGCCGAAAGAUUACUGCACUGCAAACAGAGAGGAAAGAUCCAGUGACUGAGGGAGGUUCUGUCACUCUACACACCAAUGUUACUAAACUACAUAAAGAUGAUGUGAUACAGUGGUGCGAAGAAAACGAAACCUGA